AGGAGUGACGAACCGUAACAUUAUUGUAAAAAUAAAAGGUUGAAAAAGAAUACAUAUAUACACACAUAUAUAUACAUACAUACAAAGGCGGCAGCCUUUGCCGUUUCUCUUCUUUUUCUUCUUCUUUUUUUUCGCGCGGUGAACGACACCCCUUCAACUUGAGAAGAUGCGGUCCAGCCUGUUAUUCCUGUGUUCCCUCCUUCUCGUAUCCGCUUUUGGAGACCCGAUAAGGAUAAAAAAAGAAGCGCCGUUGAACCCACCCCCGAGUCAAUACGCUCCGCCAGCAACCUCUUACGGAGUUCCCAUAGGAUCCACUUACAACGUACCCUCUGAUUCCUACGGUGCUCCACCACCACCACAACCCCCGUCCUCCUCCUACGGCGCCCCAUCCCCCUCCUACGGCGCUCCAUCGGCCCCUUCCUCCUCUCACGGCGCUCCAUCGGCCCCAUCCUCUUCCUACGGCGCCCCAUCCCCCUCCUACGGCGCUCCAUCGGCCUCAUCCUCCUCUCACGGCGCUCCAUCGGCCCCAUCCUCUUCCUACGGCGCCCCAUCCCCCUCCUACGGCGCUCCAUCGGCCUCAUCCUCCUCUCACGGCGCUCCAUCGGCCCCAUCCUCUUCCUACGGCGCCCCAUCCCCCUCCUACGGCGCUCCAUCGGCCUCAUCCUCCUCUCACGGCGCUCCAUCGGCCCCAUCCUCUUCCUACGGCGCCCCAUCCCCCUCCUACGGCGCUCCAUCGGCCUCAUCCUCCUCUCACGGCGCUCCAUCGGCCCCAUCCUCUUCCUACGGCGCCCCAUCCCCCUCCUACGGCGCUCCAUCGGCCUCAUCCUCCUCUCACGGCGCUCCAUCGGCCCCAUCCUCUUCCUACGGCGCCCCAUCCCCCUCCUACGGCGCUCCAUCGGCCUCAUCCUCCUCUCACGGCGCUCCAUCGGCCCCAUCCUCUUCCUACGGCGCCCCAUCCCCCUCCUACGGCGCUCCAUCGGCCUCAUCCUCCUCUCACGGCGCUCCAUCGGCCCCAUCCUCUUCCUACGGCGCCCCAUCCCCCUCCUACGGCGCUCCAUCGGCCUCAUCCUCCUCUCACGGCGCUCCAUCGGCCCCAUCCUCCUCCUACGGCGCCCCAUCCCCCACCUACGGCGCCCCAUCGGGCCACGGUUCCUUGGGAAGCGAUCAAGGGUACGGUAGUGGCGGAGGAUCGUUCGGCGGAGGCGGAAGCGGGCACGGGGGAGGUGGAGGAUUGUCGAGCUCGUACGGGCCACCAGCCCAAUCCUACGGCCCCCCUUCUGCUCAACCGCCCCAGGGUAGGUGGGAGAAGAAACUGACGUGGAAAGCGGAAUGGAAACGGAUCUGGAAAACGGAGCAGAAGCUGGCUUGGAAGCAGGAAUGGAAGAAGGUGCAGGUGCCCGUGUGGAAGGAGGUUCAGGUGCCCGCUUGGAAGGAGGUGAAGGUGCCUGUUUGGAAGAAGGUUCAGAAGCCGGUGUGGAAGGAGGUUCAGGUGCCUGUGUGGAAGGAGGUGCAGGUCCCCGCGUGGAAGAAGGUUUGGAAACCGGUGUGGAAGGAGGUGCAGGUUCCCGCGUGGAAAGAGGUCCAGGUGCCCGAUUGGAAGAAAAUCUGGGUCCCGGAAUGGGUGAAGAUAGGCAUACCUGGUGAACAGUACGUGGGCAAGGAUCAGCACGGAUGGCAGUACACGAGCCACGAUCUUUGGAAGAAGAAACUGAUCUGGAAACCUGUGUGGAAGAAGGUAUGGAGGACGGAGAAGAAGCAGGUGUGGGUGAGCGAGAAGAAGCUGGAGUGGAAGGCCGAGUGGAAGCAGGUGUGGAAGACGGAGAAGAAGCAAGCGUGGGUGGCCGAUAAGAAGCUCGUGUGGAAGGAGGAGUCGGUACAGGUUUGGGUGCCGGAAAAGAAACAGAUUUGGGUGACGCAGAAGAAGCAGGUGUGGAAGGACGAGUGGAAGAGCAAGUGGGUGCCUGUUUGGAAGGACGUGCAGGUACCGGUGUGGAAGAAGGUAUGGAAGCCCGUUUGGGAGAAAGUUUGGGUACAAGUCGAAACUCACCGCGAUGAGCAUCACGGCUACAAGUAAUUUAUCCCCCCUCUCUUUCUUUCUUUCUCUCUCUC